AUGGCGAUCACUCGAGGUCGACCCAGCCGUCCAGAGAAGGGGCUGUUCUUAAGUGAUAGAGGGGUAUCCGUGGCAAGAAGCCGCGAAGGUCUUCGGGGAAGACAAGCUUACAGGGCCGGGGCUGACUUAUCACUCCUGUCCAUUAAUCAUACUCAACAACUGGCAACAUCGAAAUCGGAAACGUAUUUUCCGAGCAAGACAAAUUCAGAUCCGGCCGAAAUGGACACUCCGAAAAAUGGCUAUGCGGUAUGCGGGUACUUUGACAUCUACAAAGAAAUACGUAUACGUUCUACUUGAAACUCUUGACAAUGAGGACAUAUUUUUAAUACGUGUGCGAAAAAACAGACUUCCAGUCCUCAGAAACGAAGAAACUGUUUACAUAUGUAAGUUUUUUAAAACAUUUUGUAUUCCUUGUGGAACUAAUCUACAUUCUUCUUUAAAUAUUAACUUAUUUUUUGAGUUUUGUAUUAAGUUCUAAAUAUUUUAGCAUGAGCACCAAAAGCAGACUUUCCGACACCCAAGCCCAGCCCACCUCCCCGCCCAGCCCACCUCACCCAAGCCCAGCUCACCUCACCGCCAAGCCCACCUCACCGCCCAGCCGUGCCAUGUCCUCCAGCCGUGCCAUUUCCUCCAGCCGUGCCAUGUCCUCCAGCCCACCUCACCCAAGCCCAGCCCACCUCACUGCCAAGCCCACCUCACAGAAUGCCCUGUCCAUUAUUCAUAUUCAACAACUGGCAACAUCGAAAUCGGAAACGUAUUUUCCGCGUAAGAAAAAUCCAGAUUCGGCCGAGGUGUACAAUUCGAAAGACGGAGAUGAGGUUCGCUGGCACCUUUACGUCCACAAGGACGUAAAGGGUUUUACAUAUGUAUUUGUCGAAACACUCGACAAUGAUAACAUAUUCUUAAUACGCGGACGUAAAACCAAAAUCCCCAUCCUGAGAAACGAAGACAUCGUUUAUACAUAUAUGUGUUUUUUUUAAAAUUUACUUGAAAAGACUCUACGACACAAAUGUCGAUGAUUUAGAACCGAUCCUCAUCAGAGAGAUCAACUUAAAUGUAAGUGCGCUAAAAUACGAACAUAUAAAGAAACAAAUUUAUGAUCUUUAUGUAUAAUAUAACGUUUAGUUGUUUGAACUUGGAUCCCGUGGUAUGAAAAUAUGCCGUAUCAAUGCCUACAAACGCAACGAGGGGAAAGGCUUUGCAAGAAUCAUAUCCCAAUUUAUUUACUUACUUUAUUGUUACUUUGUAAAUAAUAAAAUUACCGUGCUGUAACACAAUCGGACAACAAAUCAUAAAAAUGGCAAAACUAAAUAUCAUAUUACAAUAUGCUCCAGGCCCCAACCGGUCCCAGCAACCUUUUGUUUACACAGUUGUACAUAACUAGGUCACGUACUCAAAAAACACCUACAAAUCACAUCACGAUACUGUAACUUGAUACUCUCGCGCACUGCGAAAUUCAAACAAACCCUUUGAUCUACCCGUCCCUUUGUUUACACAGCUUGCGCACCGUGUAAUAAUACCACACACUUUGUGUAAAAAUACCACACAUUCCUGUGUGAAAGUGCCUCUUACUACUACUUAAGGCACAGAAGAAGUACGAUACACGUUGUCUUAGUGUUCCGCUACUUUGGUUCAACAUAAUGUUUUAAUAAAUUUUUAUAAAAGCCAAGGCAAAUUUGAAAAGAGCCGGGCCAGGCUAAAGUUGAGUACGAAGGAAGGGCUAACAAAAUUGGGCCCGGUCUUUUUUAAAGUCUACUUUUAGUGAAUCGAAAUUUUUAAAACCAAAAUACGAAUUUUCUCUCUAUUUUUCUUGUUUUAACUUUUUUGCAUAAUGAGGAAACUUAAAAUUCGAAUCGAAAUCCAUUCAAAUUCAGGCGCCCAACCGUUUUGUCUCCAACUCAAGUACAUAAAAACUAGGCUUUGUUUAGACGGUUUCACAGUUUUUUUUGGAAAAACAGAACAAAAUAGUAAUAUGAAUAUCUGGGUUUGAUCAGAAGUGCCAUGGCACUGGGUGCCACGGAAUAAUUUAACGUUUUUGGGAUAUGGUAGCAUAAUUAGAGGUUAAUUAGGAAAUUUAGAUUUUGAAUAAGCUGGCAUGGGAAUGGUUACAGUAUCAGCUUAUGUUUUCUGAUGUUAUGAGCCAUGAAGACCAUUGUUGGGCUAAAAAUAUAAGUAAACUUAAUAGUUAGGCUCAGCUUUAACCUCAAGCUAAGGCUAAAGGUAAGGUUAAGGCUACGGCUAAGGCUAAGGCUAAAGCUAAGGCUAAAGCUAAGGCUAAAGCUAAGGCUAAAGCUAAGGCCAAAGCUAAGGCUAAAGCUAAGGCCAAAGCUAAGGCUAAAGCUAAGGCUAAAGCUAAGGCUAAAGCUAAGGCUAAAGCUAAGGCUAAAGCUAAGGCUAAAGCUAAGGCUAAAGCUAAGGCUAAAGCUAAGGCUAAAGCUAAGGCUAAAGCUAAGGCUAAAGCUAAGGCUAAAGCUAAGGCUAAAGCUAAGGCUAAAGCUAAGGCUAAAGCUAAGGCUAAAGCUAAGGCUAAAGCUAAGGCUAAAGCUAAGGCUAAAGCUAAGGCUAAAGCUAAGGCUAAAGCUAAGGCUAAAGCUAUAAAGCUAAAGCUAAGGCUAAAGCUAAGGCUAAAGCUAAGGCUAAAGCUAAGGCUAAAGCUAAGGCUAAAGCUAUAG